ACCACAGUAGUCGUGACACGGUAAUCAGCUGGUUGUAAAUAAAGCAUCUAACAAUUUUAUUUGCAAAUCAAAUCCAAUUCGAAAUGCGUUGUGCUGUGAAAAAUUGUGGAAAUAACAAUCGCAAUGAAAACAGAAAAAAGUGGCGCUAUUUUCAUUUUCCGAAAGAUAAUACCCAGCUUCAAAAAUGGAUCGAGUUUUGCGAGCGGGAUGGAAUAAACCCUUCAACAGCCUGCAUUUGCAACGAGCACUUCAAGUCGGAAGAUUUCGAAAGAAAUAUGCAAUAUGAGCUUGGGUUCACGCGGAAGAAUCCAACCAAACUAAAGCCAGGCUCAUUUCCCACCAUCAAGGGAACCCAACCCGUGCCAAGAAUAGAACCAUCCAAGAAAAAGAGGCGCAGCAGAACCAAAAAUAAAAACAGCUACGACCCUCAGGAAUACGCCAAGAGUUUCAGUGGACUCCCAUAUUCGCUAAUUGAAAGUGCCAAUGAGAUCACAGAAGUUGAGAUGUGUGAUUAUACCACUGGCUUGGAGACUCUGGAUGAGAGCUCGGCAAGCCGGAGCCACCUGGAUGUGGAAAAUGCAGAGGAAGAGCUCAUCGAAUUUGUGGAAAAUGCACCAAACCAACAAGCUGAAGAACCGGACGAUUCGGAAGACCAAAUACAUUACCAACUAGAACUAGUUGAAAGCACAAACUCCAUGGAAGAUGUGGAGAUAAUCCAUACAGAAGAUAACACCUAUGUUAGGCAUUUGGAGCAUGAAGUGACCUCCCUAAGACGUGAGGUCUUCUUUCUCAAAGACGAACGCAAGAAGCUACUCAAUGUAAUUCAAAAUCUUAAGGAAACAAUUCGAGGAAACUGUCUUCUGCGGAAAAAAGAAUCGAAUGGCAACAAGUAAAAUAUAAGAUCAAAUAUAUGUAAGUAUACAUUUAAAAAGUGAAUGUUGGUACUGCUAAGAAAACUGAGUCAAAAGGAAAAUUCGACUGACUAGAUGUACAAAAGCAAUUUAAGGAAAUGACUCAUAAAUAUUUAUAAAAACAUAGAUUUACCAUUUAAUAUGUGUAUCAAGAGUUACUAUCUUGUAUUUAUUUUCAAAAGGAUGCCUCCUCAAAGGUUGCCUGACAGCUCUUAAGUAAAUUGUAAAUCAUUCUAUAUUUUAAAUGCUGUGUAAUAUAAUUUUGACAAGAUUUUUUGAUAAUCUGGCGACUCCCAAAAUGCUAAGAGCAAACACAUGUUAGGAUAGCUUCCUUAAAAUAUGCCUGGCUAUACUAUUUAUAAGAUAAUAUAAAACCAUAAACAAAUGUUAAAGACACAAACAACAUAUGCAUUGGAAAUUCUUUAUCUGGAGUCUACCUACCUACUUACCAUCAUCUCUCCCUUACUAUCGACAGAAGCGAUUUUCUUGAAAAUUACGAGUUCUGUUCGCGGCUAUCUUUUCCACGGAAUUGCGGUCCGGCCAUUUCCCCAAGGUCGAAGUCAUUAGAAAGGCAAUAUCCUUUUCAAUGUUUAUCGCCGUAGUCGCUUCUACCUGCGUAUAUCCGUAUGUAUAAAAGCGCAUGUUCCGCCUGGAGUAGACCUGCACUGCAAACGAUGAGUUCCAACCGUCAACAUCCAUCCUGGACCGACGCGAAGGCAGCUACCGGCAAACUGGAUCCGAUCCUACACGCCGAAACUCUGCAGGACCUGAGGUGCAGAUGACGUGGACGAGGACCAUCCAAGACAUCAUGGAAUCAACAACUCCAGAGCUUCAAACCACUUGGCGCUUGCAGUGUCAGCCAACUAGCCAGAAUUAAAUAAUUGUAAAUUGUAGUAAAGUUAAUAGUUCAAUUGUAUAUAGACAUAUCAAAAUUCUAGCUAAUUCAACUUUAGUUCAAUUAAUUGUACAUAUGUACAUACAAACAACUAGCCAAUUGUUUAGUUCAAAUUUGUUUAGCAUAUUUGUUUGUGUAUAUUGUAAAUAUACGUGAUAUUGUUGCAAUAAAAUUAAA